UUCAACGGGCCGUAUGUGGUCUUCUCGAAGCGAGGCUACAAAAAAGAUAUACAAAACUAUUCACAUGAACUUAAACGCAGUAACGUAUAUACGCAGAUUCUAGCACUUGAACAUGUCGCAUAUCAGUACGGAGGUCAUACGAUGUCACGAUUGUACUCCUUUGGCCCAUCUAACUCGAAGGAAAAGUAUAUUUUUGUUUGAAUUGUUAGCAUUGUGUGAAUGUGUGUGUGUGUGUGUUGCUAUAUAUAGAGAAGCCUUUGUGACAUUCGUCAAUGCAUCGUCAAUUUUGGACAGUGGUAGGCUGUACACAACAUCAACAUGUAUCCUUUGCCGGAAACUCUAAAUGAAUGCUUUACCCAGCACUCGUAUGUUGGAGGAAAUUCAUUCUCAUGUCUGUGCGCGCAUCAUCAUGACGUGUGCUGGGUGGUAAAGUUGCUAUGUAACUUCAGACAGGCGCAACAAAAAGCAGUAGGACCUUCUCGGUGAAGAUGACAUUCCAGUAGCAAGCACCACCACACUACAUUCGCCGAUCCACGAAAUGUUUCCCAUGUGAAAAGGAACGUCCCAAGUAGUAGUAACGUGUUUGGACGUGUUAGAAAGACUAGUUACGCGCAUCACAAUGCUGAGUUCCGUUUGUAUACGUGGUGUAUGUUUGUAUGUUUAUAUACAUCCUGCAUGGAAGCAGAUGUCACCUCAGAUGCAUUCUGGGAGAUGUGUUGGACAGUUUUACCUCACUUCGUUUGCUCAACUACCAUGGUUAUGGUUUUAUCACACGAUACAGAAAUUAAAUAUUGUAUAUAUCGAAUAAACAUGACUAUUCUUUGUCCAUGUGUCAUGUUUUUCUUUCUAUAAACGUCUUUAAUUGAAGUCCCAUACUUUUGGUUUGAUAAUAUGUAUACUUAACUUGUGGAUUAUACUAACUUCAAUCAAAGAUGUUUUUAAAUAAUGAAAUGACUUUUUUAUACUAAUUAUUAUGUACGAAAACAAUUUUACUUAGAUCUUGCUGGGUUUGUUAUCUAAGAAUGUAACAUACAGUAUUGGAACAUGCAAUCUUUGUGUCUCGUAACGGCUUGGAUUAUCUAAGCUAUCAGUUAUCAGAGAAUUAUAUAGAAUAACAAGAGCACCACGGCAUCGGAAAGCGAUCAUUCGAUUUUUGGUAAUUCAAUGUACAAUAGACAUUAAGAUAAUGUGGUAUGAUGUUAUUAUUUAGAGCUAUGCAUAGAUCUGUAGGAAUGAAUUCUCAUUUUGUAUACCUCAACUUGGUCGCUUAGGAUCGUUCGAGUUAUAGCAAUGCAGGAGCAAACCGGAGAUCGUACGACGCUCCACAGUCAGAGUAUUGCCACUUGUGUAUGACUCAUGGUGUGUAUUAGGCGAACAAUCGACACUGUUCAUAGAUCGAAGCAACAUUAUUGGCCUGGAGCGUCAAUACGCUGUUGUUCUCUAUUCUGCUACGUUUUUACCACCACCGUUUGGUCUGUUCAAGUCAUCCGCUCAAGUACCAGUGCUUCUUACACAUCACAAGCUCUCCGAGCAGUGUUGGGAAACGCUGCUCGCACAACUACCACUGCCAUGCAGAAUGAUCCACAUCCUGAAGGCAUCAGUUGUUGUUACCUUUGCGCUUUUGCACAACACCACAGUACUGCUCACUAUCACUGGAUGUCAUUGUUUGGCGCACAUCAAAUGUUGCUGCAAAACGACUGCACAGCCAAUCGAUCCCGGGGCGAUGUUCCUAACCGUGAUGUGGUGAACACCUGCCCUUUAGAUUAUCGAAUGUUGUUGUUGUGCCACAGGUGCCACAAGUUGACCGAGAACCGUAACCUCGUAGGCUCGCGGUAAGAAAAUCCAUAUCAGACAGCCAGUGUGCUGCAUGGCCGAUAAGCGGUCGGCAGUGUUUGCGCCCCGAAGACUUCCAAAGCCUUCCUUAUCUGUGUCAGCCCUGGUUUGUGCGUAUGCGAUUGAUUGAUAAGCGAUCGUGUGUCGGAGUUUGCCACUUUAUGAAUCAGGUCCCGCAAAUCGGCAACGAGUUUCAUUGCGAGUGUGUGAGUAUGAGACACACACCUCAACGGACGUAUAGGCUGUUCACUUGCCCAGUAGGUUAGCUUUAGGCUAGUUAGGUUCACGUAUCUCGGUUUGGAGGGUGUCCCUCUGUGUCACACUCCGGUUGGCAGUGAGCUAUUGUUAGAAGAAGGUGUGUGUUAUUAUCGAUUCGCUGUGCUGCUGGGUGCUUUAGAAGCGCAGGUAGUUUCGCUCUAGCCUCUUGAAGUCGACCAGAGGGGCUAGGCCAUUUAGUAGUUUAGCCUGCUCGUAGAUACGCGAGCGCGUGCCACACGACUGUUUACGAGCCGGCUCUGGCACAUGAAGGAAAAAUCGUGCUUCGUGCUGAAUGCAAUAAAGUGGUGUGUGCGGACGGAAGAUUGGUUGAAAUCUGAUUUUAAACCAAUCAUUUCCAUGUGCAGUUCCAUCUACUAGUGACGAUUUGUGGUGCAAUGAUACAGACAAGCGGCGGAUGCCUCUCUAUUGCCGUGUGAAUGUGCGCGAAGUUGUGGUGUAGUAUCUCAAGCGCAGCUGUGCUGUAGUAGCGCUAGAACGACGCGCAGAAUGCACACUUGCGCGAAACGCCUCAAGAUCUACGAUCGCUCGCGCUUGGGUACUUACUCACAGCGCCUCUCCGGCAGUGAAAAUUAUGACUGAAAAAUCGAUUUGUGCCCACUACCAUACUCCCCCUUGGUUGGAAAUUGUUCUACUCAGCUUCGGAUGCCACUUGGACGCGCUUGUUCGUUUCCAGGGCACGAGCUGGCACGAGCUCGGGUUAGCUCUCCAGCGCUAAUUCUUCGGCGAUGAUCGUUCACAGCUCGGCGCACUAAGCAUUGCGGGACUCAGGCCCUGUCUAUUACCGAUUACUAGUUACGAUUGAACGGUUAAAGUGAACAGUACUGGAGUGGUAUUUUUUGCUCGUUGCUACAUAACCCCACGAUCCGAUACCGAAACAGACAUGUGAUUGAAGUUUGCACUCGAGAGUCGUUGAUAAGAAAAAAGUGUGUGUUGGUUGGUGAGUGUGCUUUAUCAACAACGCCAACCGUUGCGAGUGUCUGGUGGAGUGGAAACGGUGGGACCAAUUGGUGUUGGCGAUAAAUUCAAGGUUAGCUGAAAGGUGGUUGCCUUAGUAAAGUGGUCAAUCGAUAAGCAGCGCAAAAGUUUGGAAAAUGAAGUAAUUUUUUGUUUGUUAUUGUUUAGUGUGCAUGUGAUUGAUUUGAGGGCAUUAAUUUGUUGGCCUUGUUUUUGGCACAAAGUGUGGUAGAACGUGGUUAUUUGUUGCGUUUGCCACCUAUUGUUUAGUUAUUUCAACUGUAAGAACCGGGGUGAAAAGUGUUACUUUACAACCGAUCAACGUCUAAACGUCUUUGGAGUUUAAUUGUUAAUCCUUAAAAGUGUGCAAGGGAAUUGGUUUGAAAAAAUCAAAUGAUCUCGUGCUCCUUCCCAUUCCAACCGUUUCAUUAGUGGUCACUUGUGCAUGUUUGUAGUGAGGUAUUAAUGCCAAAGUGAGUGUGGCGUUCUAGGUAUAGCCUUCCAUCGUAUUGUGUGGAGUGAGAUUCGAUGUAAAUAAUUUGCAUUUCCUGUGCUCACGCGAAUCGCCGGAAAUGUGCAGGAAGAUUGAUCCACCGGAACCGGCACCACUGGUAAUGCUGGUUAGCCGGCAGGAGGAGGUUGUCGCAAUCUAAACGAUGGGAAAGUAUCGAUCCGAUCAUUUCCAUGCCAAUUCGAAGUGUGCACGUGGUGUCGGGUGCAAUAUUUGAAAUAGUAUUGGCAGCGCACUUAUGCGGUGUGUUCUUUCAUUAUUCUUUCAAUGCUGUUCUUUCACAGUGAGUUUUGUGUUUUCUAUCGGAGAGAAAAAGCUGCAUUUUGUGUUGUGAAUUAAGUGUGAUAUUUAAAGCCAAAAUCCCUGCAUAAGAAAGGGAAUGUAGUUCAAUGGGGUGAAGUGGCGGCAUCACAAUCAGCAUCCAUUGACCGAUGAAUCACUGGGUCGGCACCCAAACACCAAUCCACCAACCAAAAAGAUUGAUACAGAGUCGCGUACAAAGUGUUCCGAAAAGCAAACAGCAGCAUCCGCCGUAUCCUGUUUAAGUAGUGGAAGUGAUGCGAUGGAGUUAAACGGAACACACACUGAUUCUUCCGAAUUGAGCAGCAAAUAUCGUCACCGAGACGAACUGACGAUGAGAGCUGAAAGGAAAGAAAAAAGACGGUCGAAGAUUUACUACGAUGAUUUUGUAACGCUCGAUACGACCGUUAUGCUGAAGGUCUACGUCGGUGCACUGUCCCUGCAUUAUGAGGCGCUUAGUGUGGAGGCAUCCAAGCAGACCACGGCCGAGGAGAUCGUUUCCUGCAUCGUCGAACGGCUGGGACUAACGGGAAACAACUAUGAGCUGGCAGAAGUGGCCGGCGAGUGCAAGGAAAGGCGACUUUCCGCGCACGAAAAGCCCGUCUCCGUUAUGCUGCUGUGGCCGAUGCACUCGGAGAAAGAUUUUCAUAGAUUCUAUCUACGUGAAAUACAAAGCGACGUUCCUUGGCUAGAUAGUUACGGACUCGAUCCACAGAUACUUAGAGACUUUAUACCGUUUCUGUUGCAGAAAGAAAAUAGGGAAUAUCCUGACCUGUGCCAACUACCAGAUCUUAACGAAGCAACGCUACUCGAGAACCUUCGCCAGCGGUUUGAGGCCGGCCACAUAUACACGUACGUCGGCAGCAUCCUGAUCGCAGUCAAUCCGUUCAAGUUUCAUCCCAUCUACAAUCCAAAGUAUGUGCGGCUCUACCAGAACCAGCGGAUCGGGCCGAUCCUGCCCCCGCACAUCUUCGCCAUCGCGGAUAACGCUUACUACAACAUGCUGAAGGAAAAACGAAACCAGUGUAUCGUCAUCAGCGGUGAGAGUGGUUCCGGCAAAACCGAAAGCACCAACUUCCUGCUCCACCAUCUGACGGCCCUCUCGCAGAAAGGUGCCCAUGGGUCCGGCGUAGAGCAGACCAUCCUCAGUGCCGGACCCGUUCUGGAAGCGUUUGGCAAUGCGAAAACGGCGCACAACAACAACAGCAGCCGUUUCGGCAAGUUCAUCCAGGUAAACUACCGCGAGAAUGGUAUGGUGCAGGGCGCUGUGGUACAGAAGUAUCUGCUGGAGAAGAGCCGAAUCGUCUCACAAGGACACUACGAGCGCAACUACCACGUGUUUUACUAUCUACUGUCGGGCGCAACCGAUGCGGAGCGGGACGCACUGCAUCUGCUGCCAGCGGAAAAGUACCACUACCUGAACGCAAAGAAUCUCACGCUGGAAAACUGUGACGAAAAGUACGAGUUCUCACGCCUGAAGCAGAGUAUGGAGAUGGUUGGCUUUUCGGCGGAGAAGCAGCGGCGCCUGUUCAACGUCCUUUCGGCCGUGCUGCUGCUCGGUAACGUCGAGUUCUUCCCGAAAAAGUCCACCUACCACCACGACGAGAGUGUGCAGGUACGAAAUCCGGACGUGGUGGGACUAAUAUCGGAGCUGCUGCGCGUUAAGCAGGAGACACUGAUGUCGGCGCUCACGUCCAAGCGCGUGAAGGCCAGCGGCGAGACGCUGAUCAUGCAGUAUAAACUUCCGGAAGCGAUUGCGGCCCGGGACGCGCUAGCGAAGUGCCUUUACGGGGCGCUGUUCGAUUGGAUUGUGCUGCAGGUGAACCAUGCGCUGCUGAACAAGGACCAGGUCCUGCAUACGGGUCACUCGAUCGGGGUGCUGGACAUAUUCGGCUUCGAGGAUUUUGGGCCACAGAACAGCUUCGAGCAGCUGUGUAUUAACUAUGCGAACGAGCAUUUACAGUAUUACUUCAAUCUGCACGUGUUCAAAUACGAACAAAAAGAAUACAAACGCGAGGGAAUUAAAUGGACUGAUAUAGAAUUUCUAGACAAUUACGGUUGCUUGCAGCUGUUUGAAUCGAAACCUUCCGGUUUGUUGUGUAUACUGGACGAUCUGUGCAAUUUUCCCGGUGCCACGAACGAAACGUUGCUGCAAAAGUUCAACAGUGUUCACAAGGAUAACGCAUUUUACGAAAAGCCACAGCGCAAAGAGAACGCAUUUAUUAUAAAGCAUUACGCGGGCAAGGUGAAAUAUCAGGUCGCCGAAAUGCGUGAAAAGAAUCUCGAUCUAAUGCGGCAGGAUAUUGUGAGCGUGUUGAAAAACUCGAGCAUGGCGUUUGUUCGCGAGCUGGUCGGUGCCGACCCGGUGGCCGUAUUCAGGUGGGCCAUUUUGCGGGCCUUUUUUCGCGGCUAUUUCGCAUUCCGGUCGGCCGGUAUUAAGCAUCGCAAAGAGCGGGCUGACAUGUCGUACAACAAGCUGGCCACCAAGACGCGGUACCGUGCGCCGAACGAUAGUAUCGUGAGGAAGCUUUUCUGUGCACGGCGUCCGGUUCGGGAUGCUGGUAUGCUGGACCGGUACCGCAACUAUUCGACAAAGUCGGCCACGGCCAAAGGGGGCCAGAGGGAGCGCCGCAAAAAUUGGCCCAAACGCAUCAGUAACGCCAUGAGCGAUAUUACAUCGGGCCAUAGUAACAAUCAGGCCUGCUCGCCCAACAGCAAUCUCGCCUACCACCGGCAGUCCCUUGGAAAUGCUGGAUAUGGUGCGGCUGGUGCUGCUUCACCGGGCGCAACCGGUGGAACACCUCGCCGGUCUUGGUCGAGUUUUGCGUUCAACAACAAAAAUUUCCCCGACGGCAAACUGAACUACGAGUGCAAUCAACAGCAAGAUCAAACGCCCCAGUACCACUCAAAACACCUGCAAUCGACGGCCGCUUCGUCAUCGUCCAUCUAUGGCAGUGGUGGAGGUGGCAAAUCAUCGGCCAAUGCAAAUUCUUCCGCGAGCGGUGCUCCGAACAGCGGAGGAGUAACUGGUACUGGCAGUGGCAAAGGAUACGGACUGGGAUCGGCAGCGGCGCGUAAUCGUUUCGAACGUUCCGGCCAGGACGUAAUGGCCCGGGCAUCUCAAAUCGUAAUGAAAAACAAAUCCUUUCGUCCACGGGAGCGACCGAAAAAGGGACUAAAGAAUCUUCAGUCGGUAAAAACGCUUUCAGCUGGCCAGAAUCUGUCGAAUCAAACCUCCGCUAUCAAAACACGUAAACAGCCACUUACUGUGACCGCCCAGUUCCAGAACUCUCUGAUCGCGUUGAUGGAAACCUUAAAUCAGGCAAACCCAUUCUUCAUUCGAUGUAUCAAAUCGAAUCCGAAUAAAAUACCGAACCAGUUUGACGAUGCCACCGUUACGCGACAGCUUCGCUACACGGGCAUGCUGGAGACGGUCCGCAUUCGUCGGGCUGGUUACAAUGUACGUCUGACGUACGAAGAGUUCAUUCAGCUGUACCGCAUCCUGCUACCGAAGGGCUUGGUCAGCUCCCAGAAAGAUGUGCGGGACUUCAUGAGUACGAUGGAUCUGAACAAGCAGCACUACCAGCUCGGGCUGACCAAGAUCUACAUGCGCGAGUCGCAGAAGAUGCGGCUGGACAUCUCGCUGCACACAAAGAUCAUCGACAGCAUUAUCUGCAUUCAGCGCUGGUUCCGGGCGAUUUUGCAGCGGAAAAAGUACUGCCAGUACCGGAACGCGGCCUGCACUAUCCAGUCCUACUGGCGCGACUAUCUGCGCGAGAAGCAGGAGAAGUUUACGCGCAAAAUACGCAACCACGCGGCUACGGUGAUCCAGGCGACCUGGCGUGGCUACACGGUACGCAAGUGGUACAGCAAGCUAAAGACGGGCGUGCUGAUCAUUCAGGCGCGCAUCCGUGGCAAUCAGGCGCGAUCGCGCUUCAAGGAGCUGUUGAGCAAAAAGUUGCAGCGAGAGCGGGCCAAGCUACGCUCCACGCAAAGCCUGCCCGUAGAGCGACCGAUCGGAACGACGGCUGCUGGCGGAUCGUACGGUGGAGGUGGAGGAGGAGCAGGAGGAGGAGGGUCUACGUAUCCCGAGGUUGUGCAUGCGAUCGAGCAUCGGAAGAAGCCGAUCCCGGCGGUGGGACGCAGCUUUGAGACGGCCAUUGAUAUAGUGAACAAAAAUCGGGCACUGUUCGCUGACGACAGCAUGUCCGCGGACUUUAUCGACGAUGACGAGGACGAGGAGGAAGAGGAGGAGGAAGAGACCACGGGCAGCCGGCAGGCGACGAUCACUGCGACAUACGGCGAGGAGGAGGAAGAUGAGGAGGACGAUGAGGAGGGUUAUGAGGAUCUUGGUUUGGUGGACGAUCCGCAGUACAUGGCGAAUAACCGAUCGACCCUGAUGCAUCCCGUUAAGACGGCUGCCCCUGUCACAACGUCACCGACGGUAAAUAGCGCACUAUUAGAUAGGAAUGAAAAGUACAUCAAAAGUCUGGUCAUAUCCGGAGGAGGAGGAGGAGGUGCCACUGCUUCCUCUUCGCCGUCGGCAGGAGGCGGCGGUGGAGGGAACGCUUCCAGUGUCGGCAGCAGUGUAAGCGGCGCGUACCAGAAAGCGCCGCUGCAGCGCCAAGAAGACGUGCUGGACCGGCCGCUCCGGAUGUACGACAUCGAGCGGGCGAGCAAGAGCACGUUCGACGAUACGGAGCUGGCCAAGUAUCGGUACGAGCGGGGCGGCGGUGUGAGCAGCACGGUGAAGCUGCCGGUGCGACGCGUCGAUUCGGGCCCGUCGUCGGUGGCAGGCAGCGGCACGGGCAGCGGUGGAUCGACCAUGGGUCGGCCAGGGAUUCAGCGGUUUCGCUACGGUGAUACAGCGUCGUACGGCGGCAGUGGCAUGAUUCGAAAUCAGAACCACAGCAAUAAUAGUUAUAGUAAUAGUAAUGUUGAAAUCGUGUUUGUAAAUACCGGACUAGAUAGUGUCGGGGCGCCGGCAGGAUCCGGUGGUACCGGUUCCCUUUCGUCGUCCCCGGCCGCCAGGAAUCUCAAUCGAAACAGCAUUAGCAGCGGAACGCUUACCCAAACGCAAGUACCACCGUCGCUAGCGAGCAGUAUGCGGCGGGACUCGUUGCCGCUGAGCCAUCACCUGGGCACGAGCACGCGCACGCCGGGAGACGAAAUUAACUCCAACUAUCAUAUGCAUCAGCAACAGCAGCAGCAACAGCUGCAGCAACAACAUCAGCAGCAACAGCAGCAGCAGCAGCAGCAGCAGCAGCAGCAGCAUCAACAUCAACAGCAGCCGCUAUCGCCAUCUUCCUCUUCCGUCGCUUCGCACCACCAGCAGAGUCAAACAGGCUCCCCAAUGUCUCACUCGCCUCAGUCGCUGCCAUUGGUCGGCUCAGCAGGUCACAUCGGAAACUAUCAGAAUCUGCAGUUCCCGCCGACCUCCAACUACCACCAGCACCAUCACCAUCACCAGCAGUCGGUGUACAACAAUAAUGCGCCGCCCGUCAGCACGGGUGCAAAAAUGGUCACCUCGACUCCUUACGGCGCCGCCGGCAGCAACAGUUCGUACGCGACGGGAGCCUCGGCCUCCGCCAGCAGCCAGCGCGUAUCGGCAGCCUAUCCGGACGAUUUCGCACAAAACUAUUACACCACGACGACCACGACACCGAAGGGUAAGGCGGCCGCACUGCUCGGCACGGCCAAAUCGGAGGACAGCGCGGUAACGAACGCUGGCCUCGGCCAGUCGAAGUAUCCGCUGGAUCGAGCGACGCUCGCCAAAGCGGACAGCAGCGAUAUGGUGCUGUCGGCUGGCAGCAAAUCAGCGAUCAAUCAAGGCGCCGGCAACGCUAGCGGCAGGCGCAUCAAGUCGACGAAUCUCAGUGAGGAGCAGCUGGUCGGUAGCUCGGGUUCCUCCGUCAGCUACCAUCCCGGCACGGGGCUGACACGGCGCGGUCCCGUCGGCACGAGUGCGAGCGGCGGUAGUGGCAACACGAGCAGUACCGGUGUCGCCGGCGAUACGCUCAAGCGCCGCAACUCGGACCCGACCAACAAAAUCCCGCUGCUGGAGGUGAACCGGGGCAACGACAUGUACCAGUCGAGCACGCGCAUCAACAUCGCCGGCCACCAGUUCCGGAAGGUGCAGCGUAUCAACAAGGCGGAACGGUGCGCCUGCUGCCAGGAGAUUGAUUCGUUCGUGAAUGAAGGCUACCGGUGUCUCGACUGCAAGGUGCUGGUGCACACCAAGUGCAUUCAGAACGGGGGCAUCAAAUCGCUGCAGUGUGCGGUGGCCAAGCGCUCGAAGCGCAUUCGCACGGGCGGUGCCGGUGGCGGCAGCGGCGGACUCGGCGGGUCGUCGAGCAAGCACGAUAAGCAUCACCCGAUCGGGGGCGGCAGCGCCAGCGGUCAGAAGAUUUCGUCCACGCGCGAAUACACCGACUCGACCGACAAGAUUAUCAGCGAUGCCAAAGAGCUGCAGCUAAUGCAGGACUUCAUCACGCAGAAGAUCUGCAAGAUGGAGAGCGACUGCGAGAAACCGUCGGAGGUGGACCGGGUGUUCAAGCAGGCGUUGCGCGAGUUCAAGGACAACCUGGUCGCCCAGUACAGUGUGGCGCAUCGGCAGAACUCGGACGUGCUGAACAUCAAGUACCGGGAUCUGAUCGCCAACUUUGAGCAGGUGAUCGAGACGACGUCCGGCCGCAAGAACGACUUUCCGCUGACGAUGGGCGUGAACGCGUUCCGCGGGUUUAUGAACGAGUUUAUGAACUCGCGCGAAACGGAAAAACCGAAAACGAAGCGAAAAAAGGAUAAGAAGCGGAAACACGACGAUCAUACCACGUUCAACGGACAUACAUUCCAGCUAACGAUACUCAACAUUGCGACGGCAUGUGAAAUUUGCCAACAGUUUCUCCUGUGGCCAAUUGAGCGAGGACUGGUGUGCCAAAAUUGCAAACUUACCUGCCACAAAAAGUGCUACCAAAAGUCGGCAUCCUGCAACAAGAUCGCCAACGCGGACCCGAACUCACUGCUGGGCGCCGGUGGCAGUGGUUCGGCCGUGGUGGCCGGCGGCUGCGGCCCGGACGGUCAACCGCUGUACGGUGGUGGCAUACCGACGAAGCUGUUCGGUGUACCGCUGACGGCGCUCUGUGGCAACAGCAGCGACGGGGUGAAGAUACCGGCCCAGAUCAACAAGCUGAUCAUGAUGAUUGAAAUGCACGGUCUGUACUCGGAGGGCAUCUACCGGAAGAGCGGCGUCAGCUCGAAGAUCAAGGACCUGAAGGCGAAGAUGGACCGGGCAGUGACGAGCGCCGAUGGCGGCGGCGGCGAGAUGGACUUCGAGUCGUACAACGUGCACGUGCUGACGAACGUGCUGAAGUCGUUCCUGCGCGAGAUGCCCGAACCGCUGCUGACGUUCGAUCGGUAUGACGAUUUUCUGCGUGCCGCCGAUCUGUCCGACGGUAGCGAUCGCGUCCAGACGCUGCUGUCGCUGGUGAAGAAAAUACCGCCCGCCCAUCACUGUCUGUUCGAGCGGUUAAUCUUUCACCUGGCGCUGGUGGCGAAGCUGGAACAGUACAACCGCAUGUCGGCCAGCUCGCUGGCGAUCGUGUUUGCGCCGUGCGUGCUGCGCACGAACCGGUACGUGCCGGCGCAGGACAGCCUGAACGAUAUCGGACGCCAGACGAAGUGCAUGGAAACGCUCAUCACGCAGAAGAUGCUGAACGUGAAGAGCACGCUGGCGGACAUCGACACGCUCGACACGGCGGCGCACACGGCGACGGCCCGGCUCAGCACGCUGCGCAGCAGCAAGGUGUUUACGCAGGAGGAGAUGGCGAAUGCGCGCGGCGGCAGUGGCAUAGCGGUGGGCGGGCUGCUCGAAACCGAAACGGAGGAGAUGCUGCUGGAGGGCCACAUACAGGAGAUCCGGAAGGAGAAGGCCCUGCUAACGUCAACGCUGCCGAGUUUGGCGCGCGCCAGCUCGGACGACGAUCUGCUCUCGACCGAUCUGGACGGCGAGGGCGGCAGCCUGGACGAUCUAAGCAACAGCAAGGAGAAAGACCUGGACGUGAGCAGCGGUGGUGGUGGUGGCGGCGGUGGAGGAGGAGGAGGAGGAGGAGGAAGUAGCAACAUGAUUAGUGACAGUGGCAUCUCGAUUCGCUACCAGGCACCCUCGGAUCACGGAGGUAGUAGUAAUGUUAGUCUUAAUAAUGACGUCCCGAUGGCUGUGAGUUAUUCGUUACGUGAUCAGAGUGGAGCGGGCGGUGCAGGUGGUGGUGGUGGUGGUGCCUCCGCCGCCGGGAUGGAGUACUUCCACAAGAUGGGUCCUUCGUCCGGUGCGAGUCCGGCACCCGGCGUGAAGACGAAGUCCCUCUCCCACCAAACGCUGCUCGAGCGGGAGGCCUUCCUCCGGGGCAGCGGUUCCACCUCUGUCUCCUCGCCGCAGUCCCCGACGGCCGCAACAUCGGUCACGGCGUCCUCCACCCCGUCGUCGUCGGCAUCAGCCCCAUCGAUGAUGAAGUCGCAGCAGCAGAAUGGAAAUGGCGCCAACGGUAGUAGCGGUGGUGCCUCCGCGGGAGGCGUGAGCGCAGCUGGCAGCGGUACGGGCGGCGGCGGACCGGGUAGCGGUGGUUCGAUAGCAUCGACGUCCACCAACAGUGGUGCUGCCGGCAAGCGUGCCAGCGACAUCAAUCUGAGCCACUCGAUGAUAACGCUCGCGACGACGUCCCACAGCCUGGGCGGUAGUACGACGAGCAACAGCAGCAGCAGCGGCGUCGGUGGUAGCUCCGGCAGUACCGGCAGCGGUAGCGACCUGCAGCGACAAAAGCCCAUCAGCCGGAGCGUCUCCGGUGGUUACGAGGUGAGCCACCAUGGCUCGACUGUGUCGGGCUCGGCGUCCGGUUCGACGCACGCAUCGACCAACCACCGGAUACUGAUACAGGCGUCGUCAGCGCUACCGAUCACGCCCGGUGCCACCAUCGCUGCCUCCCCGUCCGGAUCCGGCUCCGGUGCUACGUCCACGUCCGCCUCCAGUUCUUCCAUCAACUCCGCGAACCUGCACGCGAAAGACAAUAAUGGGAUGGGCAAGGACGGCCUGUCAUCGAGCGGUGGCAGUUCCUCCACCACCACCACCACCACCAAACUGGUAUCUCGCCGGAUGUCCGCCGGCACUAACAAACGGUCUGGCGGGGGUGCUGGUCCUGCCGGCGGUUCGAACAGUGCUGCCGGUGGACCAGGCCCGCCUGCCGGUGACGAUGAACCGAUCAUGGUUUGAAAUGCACAACGGAGGCGCCGCUUACACGGGUGGUGGGGAACAGUGGCGCAGCAGGAACGAACAGCAGCGCAGUGGUCCUCGACUUGCAGCAUCAUCCUGCACCUGGGUCGCCCGAUAGGAGGCGAAUCGAUCGAUACGAUCGAAAACGUGGUGUCAUACAGCAGCACAGCAGGACGACAGCGGUGAACACGGAGUCACAAACACACACAACUCUACAAGCUUAAGUUACGAUGCAUUAAUCUCCCUUUGCGACGGAAAAGCGAAAAAAAGCAUAUAGCAACCAGUACGCUCCAGCACUAAGUGUGUUGGUGUGCGUUUUUGGAGAGUGAUUCGCGCGCGCAAUCACAGUCAGUCAGCGAUGAAACAAGCGAUGCGUGGUGCACUUGCGAACGAACCGUGCAACAGAAGCGCGACUGUGCGUUAUUUGUGUUAUAUAUUAAUUAAUUUAUACCAAUCGAUUAUAUUAGCAGCAGUAGUUAUAGCAACAGAAGUAGUAGUAGCAGCAGCAGCAGCAGCAGCAGCAGCAGCAGCAGUACGCGAAACGAAACUGACAAACGGUGUGAAUGAAUGUGGAUAUGAUAAACAUUUGAAUACUCCUAAUGCGUGUUGCGCAUUUAUUUAAUCCUGUUCAUCAGCCACAACAACAAACUCCACUUUCUACGAACGGCGAAAAGAACGUUAGGAUUAUAACGUGAAGUAGAAUAACAAGAAAAAGAGCAUAUAUUCUCGCAAUUAGUUUUUGUUUUGCUUCGUUUUUGUGUGGCAAGCUUUUUUGGUAGAGGAUGUUUGGCAAAAUUCGUAAAAUCAACGGACCCGGAACUUGACAGCGAGAAGCAGAAAAUUGUAUUAUGGAAACUAAUUCAAUUUUCAUCAUGACUAAAUACACACACUCACACACACUUACACAACAGGGAAAAAGCUGAAGGUUGAGUUGGUAACGAAGCAACAAAGCAAAUGCAAUAAGUCAAAUUGUUUAGGGGAGAAUGUGCUAGGAAACUAUAGAAAUACUAGAAUGUUUAACAAACAACAACACUCAUACACAAAAAAUGCAGAUCCUCAUUUGCAACUUUGUGUGACUGUCUGUGAGUGUGUGUGUGUGUGUGUGUGCGUGUGUUGAAGUCAUUUUCGGCCACUGAUACAACAGUAGAAUGUUUCCACACACUACACGUGAAUUGCUUUAACUUAUCCUCCCGUUACAGCCUUUUGCUACACGAUGUGUAUCGGUCCACCUGCCGGUCAUCUAACGAAUGUGUGCAUUCAUUUUGGUUUGGCUUUCGAGUCACCAGAACAAAUUUUACAACUUAUCACUAUAAAUAUGUACAUUUAAAACGAAUAUUUUGUUUAGCAAGUACACACGCGUUACAUGUGUUAGCAGCACAUGCACAGGGGCGCAGAGAUGUCCCAAAGAGGGGGAGAGUGGGUCGUAGUUGCGAGUGCCGUAGUCCCGCAAAACUGCCCCCAUCUCCACUCUUUAACUCUCACCCUUUUUCCUCGUCUCCCUUCCCAGCACUCCUCUCUCCAACUUCUCGUCCCGCUUUUUUCCCCAGCGCUUCCACAAACCCCGACUCCUGGGGGUCGAAAAGAGAUAGAAGAAACAAUGGAAUCUGUGAAUAGUAGUAAUAAUGAUAACGCUAAGGAUAGUAACGCCCUUUUGGAGAGAGUGAAUACGAUGAUUGCUCUACGUUUAUAAUGAUAUAUUAUUUUUCCUUGUUUUCUAUUUCAUCUACGUGAAACAACUGAAAAAUCAUCUAGUUAAAAGCAGAAACGGCCUGGGAUUGGCAGGCGGGCUGAGCGAUGAAAGAUGGCGCACGCACAAUAACAAACGCUGUAAUCAGUGAAAUCUGUUCACGUUCAUUUAGUGCACCUAUUAGUGGUGUGCGUGUGUGUGGCCUUUAUUGUAGUCGUAGCGGAGGAGCAAAGAAAAUAACUGGUUAGACUAAGGAACGGAAAGGAAUCACCACACACAUACUACACACUCUUAUUUGCAACUUUUGCGAGAAAAUCCACGAAAAUUCUGUAUGACUCGUCUCAUGAAAAUAUGUAUAGAGGAACGCGUUGAAUGUGUGAACGUUUUCCGAACGAACUGUCUGUCGGAUCGGAGGAAUUCGAUAGCGGGCAAGAAAAGGGUGGGCCCGCACUAGAACCGAAAUAAGAAGAAAUUAAACAAAUUA